AUGAAGAUAUUAUCAUUAUUAUUACUAGUUGCCAUAUUGGCAACAUCUUUUGAUAUCUCUAAAGCUGUUGAUCCACCAGCAAGCUAUUGUGAAGGUCUAAAGUAUGCAUUGAUGUUCUACAAGUAUAAUAGAGCUGGUAAACUACCAGACAAUGAUGUACCUUGGAGAGGUGACUCGGUGUUGAUCGAUGGCACACUGCAAGGUGGCUACUUUGAUGCUGGUGACCAUGUCAAGUUCGCACUGCCCAUGGCCUACUCCAUGACAAUGCUCGGAUGGUCCUUUAUCGAGUACGAGAAGAACGUUGCUGCCUGUGGUGUUACCGACCUGUUCCUACAAGACAUCAAGUACGGAACAGAUUGGCUGAUCGCCGCACACAUCAGUCCAAACCAGUUUGCUGCACAAGUUGGUCAAGGUGGUACCGAUCACGGAUGGUGGGGUCCUCCCGAGAAGCUCAACAUGGUCCGUCCUGUCUACUACUUGUCACCAGGUGCCCCAGGUACUGAGGUAGCAAUGGAGGCCGCUGCUGCACUUGCUGCCGCUUCCAUCGUGUUCAAGACUAGAGAUCCAGCCUACUCUGCCCUAUGUCUAUCUCAUGCUCGUCAACUUCAUUCCUUUGGUGAUACCUACCGUGGAAAGUACUCUGACUCUGUUCCAGAUGCCCAAGUAUUCUACAACUCAUGGUCCGGUUACAAGGAUGACAUUGUGUGGGGCACACUCUGGAUGUACAAGGCAACUGGAGAUGCCGCAUACCUUACCAAGGCCAAGGCUGACUACACAUCGUUCGGCAUAGCUUCGAUGGCCCAGGGCAACUCUCACGAUUGGGAUCUGAAGGCCCCUGGUGCCACCAUUCUGAUGGCCAAGAUCACCAAGGAUCCAAACCAUAUCAGAGAUGCCGAGAGCUGUCUUAACUACUGGUUGCCAGGAGGUGGUGUCACCUACACUCCAGAUGGACUCGCUUGGAUCAGACAAUGGGGACCAGCUCGUUACGCCGCCACAUCCGCAUUCCUUGCCGCUGUCUAUGGCGGUGACAAGUACAAUCAGUUCUCCAAGAAGCAGAUUGACUACAUUCUUGGCCACAAUCCCAAGAGUCAAUCAUUCGUUGUAGGCCUUGGUCCAAACGCCCCAGUCAACCCACAUCAUCGCGCUGCCCAUCAAUCCUCAACCAACGAUAUCAACAACCCAAGAACCAACACAUACCUUCUGAAGGGUGCUCUUGUCGGUGGUCCAGGCAAUGAUGACAGCUAUGUUGACGAUCGUUCUGAUUAUAUUAAGAACGAAGUUGCCUGUGAUUACAAUGCUGGAUUCGUUGGAGCCCUUGCAGCCUUGGCUGGAUCUUCUCCACCAGCCGAAACAUCUAAGCCCACUGCUCAGCCAACUGCUCAGCCAACAGAAAAGCCAACAACUCAGCCAACUGCUCAACCAACAACCAAGCCCACCACUCAACCAACUACUCAACCAACAACUAAGCCAACUUCAACACCAACCAAUCCAACUACAACAGGAUGCUCGGUUGCCUUCCACCAGAGAGUACUCAAUCAGUUCCAGAGCGGUUCAGAGACAUUCAGUGUUGUUGAUACCAUUGUUACGAAUGAUGGAAGUGCCAAGGUCAAGUCAUUGGUAUUCGAGAUCAGCCAACCUGUUGAGAGCAUAUGGGGCGUGUCCACCGUUGGAAAGAAGUACUCACUGCCUUCGUACCUGAAAGAAGUCAACGUUGGAGAGACCUUCUCAUUUGGCCUAAUUGUCAAGGGAACAGUUCCACCUGGUAUCAUUAACAAGGUGCUCAAAUGCUAG